CCAGCUGGCCGCUGCCCUUCGCUCCAAGUGUUUCUCUCCAGGCUGACACCCUGUGCCGGUGACGGCCACAGGUCACGGCCGCCGGCGAAGCUGAGCCGCAGCGCUUGCAGCACCCCUGGGUGUCUCGGGAGCAGUCGCGUCGGGUCCAUGGAGACGGGCCCGCUGCCGGCGGAGAAGCCGAGGGGACCCAGGUGCACCAAUGGGUUCCCCGAGCGGGAGCUGUCGCGGCCCGGGGCCAGCCGGCCUGCCGAGAAGUCCCAGGCGCCCGAGGCCAAGGGCGCACAGCCCGCCGACGCCUGGAAGGCAGGGCGGCCCCGCAGCGAGGAGGAUAACGAGCUGAACCUCCCCAACCUAGCGGCCGCCUACUCGUCCAUCCUGCGCUCUCUGGGCGAGGACCCCCAGCGGCAGGGGCUGCUCAAGACGCCCUGGAGGGCGGCCACCGCCAUGCAGUUCUUCACCAAGGGAUACCAGGAGACCAUCUCAGAUGUCCUGAAUGAUGCCAUAUUUGAUGAGGACCACGAUGAGAUGGUGAUUGUGAAGGACAUAGAUAUGUUUUCCAUGUGUGAGCAUCACCUCGUUCCAUUUGUGGGAAGGGUCCACAUCGGCUAUCUUCCUAACAAGCAGGUCCUUGGCCUCAGCAAACUUGCCAGGAUUGUAGAAAUCUAUAGUAGAAGACUACAAGUUCAAGAACGCCUUACCAAACAAAUUGCGGUGGCCAUCACAGAAGCCUUGCAGCCUGCCGGCGUUGGGGUAGUGAUUGAAGCAACACACAUGUGUAUGGUGAUGCGAGGGGUGCAGAAGAUGAACAGCAAGACCGUCACCAGCACCAUGCUGGGCGUGUUUCGGGAAGACCCCAAGACCCGGGAAGAGUUUCUCACGCUCAUCAGGAGCUGAACUUCGGUGUGUGCACGUGGCCCGGUGCGUGCACAUAGCCCGGUGUGCAUGUGGCCCGGUGUGCAGACCCCACUGCUGCCGGCAUUGUCUAUCUCAAUCAUACAUUCCAGUUUCAAUUUGUACAGAUUGAAUUUUGUUUCUCACCAUGAAUUGUAUUUAAUAAUUAUUUAUAGAUAUGUCAAAUAAGAGAAAUUAACUGAGGGGCAAGCCUUCUGUUUUCUUUUUGCCACUUUCUUAGUGGCAGCGUUCAGAGUGAAUUGCCAAGAGUAUAGGUUAACUGCACCAACCACUGCCAUGCAGAUUCCCCAGGGUGCUGCCAAGGAGGAGAACUCAUGCAUUUGGUUAAAAUCAUAAUUGACUAAUUAGCAGAGGGCACUGGACAUUCCAGGAGUUGUGGCCACUGUGCCGGGGUUUCCACCUCCAGAGGGCAUGGUAGAAUGCUGAAGGAAGUGCUGGGGACACUGGAUGUGCAGAGAGAGACCGUAGACUCCACUCUGCUGUCCUCAGGCUUGUGAAAGUGCCAGUGAUGUUUUCCUCUUGGGACAGUCAUUAGCUGUCUACCUGUAACACCAGCUUCUGAGGGAGGGCGGUAGGCUGUCUGGCUUUAGCUUUGCUGUGAGUUAAAAAGGCACUUCCUGUAUUUUAGCCUUGAUGAGAAUAUCACACCAUUUGGAGUGGAGGGACUUUCACGUUUUAGGAAAAGCGAUUACUUCAUAAGUUGACAAGUGCCAGCCCUGCAGGUAACUAGCCAUUGUGAUUUCCUGGAAGGAGUUCUGGGAGUUGGUUUUGUCUGUUCCAAGGAGAGGCUUCAAAGCAUUUUCAAAAACUCUUACGAAGUAUUUUUCUAAGUAUUUCCAGCACCCUUUGAAACUGCCUAUCCUGUCAGCUCUGCCAACUCCUAGCUCCUCUGAACUAGAAAAAACAUAGAAGGGGCUGAGGGAGCCUGCAUAGGGGCUGUGCCCACUGCUGCUGCUGGUGUCUGUGCAGAUGCACUGGGGACUUUGGUCUAGGUUCUUCCUUGUCAGUGUGUGUCUUGUCUUCAGUACAAGUACGCUCAGACGGUGCUGCUGUUCAGGAAGCUCGUUACCACUUACUUUCAGAGUCCUGCACUGGAGCAGUGUGGGUCAAGGGAAAGCACAGCAUCCAGCUCCCCUGCACACACACGGACAGAGCCGCUCCACGACGAGGUCUCCCACUGGCUGACAGUGCUUUCAGUGUCUCCCUCUGGCCCUGCCACUGCCACUUAGACACUCACCAGCUUAUGGUGAAGCAAUGAUGGAGCUGGCCUUUUAUUUUAUUAAUUUCCUAUCUCUACCUCUCCCUGGCACUUUCCACAGUUAGUAUCUAAAGUAUAGUCAGGUUAUUUUGCGUUCCUUUUAAGAUCUGACCUGAUAACAAUGUUAGCCCAGUUACUAUUCAGAUAUUUCUAGGUAGAAUGCUAAGUACUCUUGCUUGGUAUUUUAAGGUAAAAACCGGUGUGAGUUGGCUUAGAGGACCAAAGAAAUUGUUCGCUAUUCCUUCAUCUUUCUGGGGUGAUCAUCUAUAUUCCUUCUAAAUAGCUCUGUUCGCUCAUUCCCUAGAAACUCUUAACAAAACGUGACAUGUCCACAGGCUAGUCUCGUCAGUAGCUGCAAAGUGACCACCUUGUCUGUUUCACUCUGGUCUGUAGUGCUUCAAAGUUACCUUUGCACUGAGUCCAUUUGGGAGAUUUUUAAGAAUUUGAUGUAUUUACAUAUACUGUUCAAUUAUGUGGUUUGGAUUUUCUGUAUGUGUAUAUAUGUCCCUGAAGUUGGUUCUAUUUAAAUGAUUAAAGUGUUAUAAUUUUG